GCAGUUCUAGUUGCGCAGCACAAAAUUUAGGAAAACAUUGGAUAGGGAAACGUGUUCACAAGGAAAGAAAUUUACCUUCUUUGCUUCUACCACCGAUGGCUGGCGAUAAAAACUGUUCCGCCAUUUAAUCAAGCUUUAAAGAUGUGGGUUAAACCAGAAGAAGUGUUGCUUGCAAAUGCAUUCUGGGAAACAGAAAGAGCCAAUCCAUUUUUCAGUUUGCAAAGACGUAAAGGGCAUGGUGGUGGAGGCUUUGCUUCCAUGCUAAUUGGCACUUUAGAUAAUGUAUUGGACAACAAGCCUGCACCAUACAGGAUAUUGCUUCAGAGUGGGGACUCUGAUGUUUGCUAUGUGAUUGCUACAGCAACAUCUAAGAAGCUAAUUGAGGAUGAUUGGAAUUGGCUUCAAAGGUACAUUCUCAAUACACUUGAACACUUUGAUUCUGCUGAUGAUGCAAAAGAAUUUGUCAAAGCAAAAGUUAUAAGUCUCAUUGCAACCCAUACUGAUGAGAGCAACACAGAAAUUUCAGGUGACAAUGAAAGUGCCAAGUUUCAAUCUGCCUGUUCCCGUUUCAAGAGAUUAUUUGCCAUGCCAGAGGAAGAAAAACUUGUUAACUACUAUUCUUGCAGCUACUGGAAAGGGAAGAUACCUCGUCAAGGAUGGAUGUACUUAUCUGUAAAUCAUAUCUGCUUCUACUCCUAUCUUCUUGGAAAGGAAACAAAGUUGGUUAUAAGGUGGACAGAUAUACUGGAAUUGGAGCGAACAAACAGUGUUGUACUACCAGAUGCAGUGAAAGUGAUAACACGGGAUGGAGAGUAUUAUUUCUCGCUGCUUCUUCAUGUCUCUGAGACAUACAAAUUGAUGGAGCAGCUAGCCAACAUUGGAAUGAGAAGGUUACUCUCUGAGGAAUCUUUUGAGCAAGACAAAUCCCUUCCAAUACCACAUAGAAUGAAGCGUGGUAGGAAAGUAAAGAAGAAAAUCCACUCGACCUUGAAGAGAGAUUUGGAAGCAAGAGCGAAAAGUGAACAUUAUCGGAAUGCAUUCCGACUUCCAAAGGAAGAGAAGUUAGAUGGAACUCAAGAGUGCACGAUAUGGAGCCCGUUCGCAAAGACUCAUAUAUGGGGGACACUCUAUGUCUCUCCAAACUAUCUUUGCUUUGAGAGUCGGAUAAAAGAUUUGUGUGUUGUUAUAAUUCCAAUGCGGGAAAUCUCGGUUGUUGAAAAGAUGGAUUCCACUUCAAUCCUACCAAAUGCCCUUCAUAUAACGAUAAAAUCCAAGACAAACAUAUUGCUUGCCUCUUUGAAGAACCGGGAAUUUUUAAUGGAAAAGAUUUCAGAUUUUCUGGCAAGGACGCCGCCUGUAAAAAUGAUACCAGAAUAUUUAGAAAAUUAUUCAGGUGAAAGUGACAAGCGAAUCCCGUUUCAACCAGCACUGAAACAUGUAUUUCACGGAGAUACAAAGGGGGAUCUUCCCAUUAAAGAAACAGUUAAAGAACAUCUUUGGAAUCUCCACUUUGCUGAAUAUGGAAGAGGAAUGUGUAUGUAUCGAACCCCAAAGACACAUGAACUGAUUUUGAAAGGUGUUCCUGAUCAGUUCAGAGGCGAGACCUGGAUACUGUUCUCUGGAGCAAUCAAUGAGAUCGCAGUACAUCCGGGAUAUUACAAGAGAAUGGUCGAGGAGAGCAUCGGAAAAAUGUUGAUGACCCAGGAGGAGAUUGAGAGGGAUCUCCACAGAUCCCUACCAGGACACCCAGCAUUUCAGUCUGAGGUCGGUAUUACAGCACUCAGAAGAGUCCUAACUGCAUAUGCCUGGCGAAAUCCCAGUAUUGGAUAUUGUCAAGCAAUGAAUAUUGUUGCAUCAGUGUUGCUUCUGUAUUGCACCGAAGAAGAAGCGUUCUGGCUACUCACUGCAAUAUGCGAGCGGAUGUUGCCUGAUUAUUACAACACAAAGGUUGUUGGAGCCUUGGUUGAUCAAGGUGUCUUCGAAAAGCUUACUCAAGAGCAUAUGUCUGACCUCCACUCACAUUUGCAAAAUCUUGGAGUCCUGAGUCUCAUUUCUCUGUCCUGGUUUCUCACCAUCUUCAUCAGUGUAAUGCCCGUUGCCAGUGCUGUGAAUAUUAUGGACUGCUUCUUUUACGAUGGUGCCAAGGUUCUGUUCCAGAUUGCACUAACAUGUUUAGAGGUGAAUAAAAAGAAGAUUCUCAGAUGUGCGGAUGAUGGUGAAGCAAUGCAAAUUUUAAGUGAAUAUUUGGAGAGAGUCACUAAUCGGGAUGCUCCAGCUAUUUUGAUUUCGACAAGGCACACAAAAAGUGAUUCAUCGAAACGCUCAUCGAUCGAUGUCGCUGACCUGAUUGUGAUGUCAUAUCAAAAGUUUGGUUUCAUCACAGCGGAGACGAUUGAGAAGCUUCGCAAUUCCCAGAGACUUAAAGUUGUUCAGUACCUGGAAGACAACAUGAAGAAAAGUGUCGUUAGGAGUUUGUGUUAUGAUUCUUAUCUCAGUGCUUCACAACUAGAAAAGUUGUUUACUCUGUUCAAGGCUGGUCACUUACAGAGCAAGUACUGGGGCAAGUCAGACUCGAGGAACCAGGAUCCAAAGAGCGAGCAAGGCUGGAAGGACCCCCACGAACACUUUUUGAUUGACUGUGAGAGAUUCGUUGCAUUGUUUACUAAUGUGUUGCCUUGGGGUCAGGGUGAUCUAGGGCGUGAAAUAGCUGAAAAGUGUUUCAAGGUUAUAGACGAAGAUGGUGACGGCCUUAUCAAUUUCAAAGAGUUCUCGCUUCUUUGUGGCGUAAUGUGUAAAGGGGAUUUCAACGAACGGUUGAAGCUGUUGUAUAAGAUGCAUUUAUCAGCGAAUGACGAAAGCAAUACAGCUAACUCAUCCCCACAAAAAAUGUUCGAUGUUGUUGAGAGUGCCUCAGAGGUUCUGGAAGAGGCAGACGACGACAGUGCAACGGAAGAUGAUAUAAGUAAAGAGGAUACCAUGAUGGUUGUACCAGGGGACAUGAGGGUUGAGGGCACGCUCGAAAACGAGGGUGAAAUUAUUAUGACCCCAACAUCCGAUAUUUUGGAGGCAAGUUUGUGGCCUGCUAGUAUGAGAGAAAGUGCGGAUAAGAAGGAGGAAGAAGAGGCCCAGGCAAUGAUACCAUCUGAGACCACAAGCUCGUCAGGUUCACGAUCAUUAGAGGGUGAAGAUAGGAAAGCAUUUGUAACAGAAUCUGAAUCUGCAUCAGAGCUACCAAAGUGCAGCUCCCCUAUACCUGAUUCAAGACCUUUAAGCCCUAAUACAACGAAGUAUAUCCUUUCAAAGUCUCCAAAGUCUGCGAAAAAGCUAGUAAAAGAUUUUGUUGCAUCCGUUAUGAAAGACAAAAAUGAGAAGGAGGAACUUCCGCCUUUGAAUCAGGUUGAGUUCAUCAGUUUAUGGAGGAGCCUUUACUCGUUGUUUCGAGAGUCAUCAGAGAAGGAGCAGGAACUCUAUCAAGCAGUUGCAAGGGCAGGGACUCUUCUUUUGCAAAUAGGCGACGCAUCUUGUCAAGAAAACCAAGAGUAUGUCUCCUCAUCUGUCGAUUGGCCAGUCAAUGAGUCACGUGAUUCCAAAGCAUUACAGAGGAACAGUUCUGACAAACUGUUGAAUGCAUCAGGUGCUGUGAAAUCUAGUGGAGAAACGUCGCUAACAAAGAAUGUUCUUUCGUCAGGGGAAACAGAAAAGCCUGGGGGAUCUGAUACUUCAGCUAGUGAUAAUGUUACACCGGAGGAGCUUGAGCUAAAUGUUGCAGUGCGUGGAAUGACUUUAGCGGAGGCGCUGGCUGACGCUCAGCGCAGCCUCAGCUCGUCACCAGGCCACACUGAAAGUGUAAAAAGUGAAGAUUAUGUUUAUGUUGAUGAUAGCCAAGGCUCAGAGCCUAGGAUAUCACCGCAAGCAUCUCAAGCAAACCUCGGAUCGGCAGAGUUGGAGGCUGUGGGUUCAAGCUAUAAAGAGGUCGCCAGUUGCUUGGAAGAAUCUUCUGAAAUCCCAAGUCCGUAUAUUGGAACGGAAUCAGACCCAGCUGCGUCCUUCAAAGGUGCAGCGGACUCUGAAAACGCAGCUGAUAAAGAACUACAGUAUGAGGUGAAACCUAGAUCGGAUCGAAUUCCUUCUAAUGCCACAGCGCAGAAGAAUUGGAUUAUCGGUUUUAGACAGUUUGUUGCAUGCGUUUUGUCUGAGCCAUGUUUAGUUGAAUUUUUUGAACAACCUUACAAUCUAGAUGAGGCCCUUGGCAAAGCUGUUACGGAAGGAGUGCGGAGAUCCAUAUCGACUGGAGACGAUAGCCUACUAGAGCAGAAAGCGUAGAUAGUACUGCAAGACAGCAGUCCUAGAAACUUCUUAAGAUCAGUUUCUCAUUAAUUACUAUGUAAAAUCUCACACAUUGCUGCAUAUAUCUUUUUUCUCCGUUACCGUACUGGAGAUCCAUGGUAAAGUUGCAUACGUCAAUGGAACUGUAGUUUUGCGCGAACCAAUUACGUUAUUUGGUAGUUGUUAACAAGGGCAGUAGGCAGAAUCUCGAUCGUGUUCUUGUUUUCAAUUCUAGGGUAACCUUUGGCUCAUUUUAUCAUAGAAUCUACAAGGUAUGGGGAUCUUUUAUCAUAGAACAGAUGACGCCCGCUCUGUGAAGACAGCGUCUUCUAGAUUUACUUGUCGUUAGUAUGUCCUACGAAAGGAAUGUUGUUCCUCGUGACAGUGCUCCUCGCUUAAAAAGCUUGUUAAUCGAUUUUCUUAUCCCUUCAGGUUUGAAACAGACUGAUAUCAAAGGUGAUGAUAAACUAAAAUGGCAGCCACGCCUUUUUGUUGGCCUAAUUUUGUGUACACCCAUUCUCAAUAGAUUUUUGUAAACAUUCGCUCGCAGAAUACAGCAAUUUUCAGAAAGCAAUCUUUCGUCCCUUUACCAUUCUUUAUCUGUUUUGAGUUUUCAAAUUCUUAAAUAUUGCUUAAAUCACGAAUCUUUAUGUUCACAUAUGUAUUAUCACAUGAUCAUAUGAUCUGGCCAAUCAGAGCUUCUGAAUAAGUAGAGAAACCGAAAAUUUUGGACUAGUUUCCAUACCCUUAUAUCCAUACGUAACCUUAGCUGUGGUACACUUCACCGUCCUUCCUCGUUUGAGUUCUCCAAUUGUUACUAAAAAGUUUUGAUCAUUUUCAAGGAAAACAUUUCAUAGGUAAAUUAUUUAUAUUUUCUUCUAAAGAUAGGCAAGAUUCACUGGGUAAUCGUUAUAGGCAGUUGUGAUAGAAAACCACUAAAAUUACUAAUGUAAGUUAAACUUUGGAAUUUGGAAACCAAAUAUAUUUCCGCACGAUUUUUGUUGUAAAGAUACAUUUGUUUGUGUAAGCAUAACUGAUUGAACGGGUCAAUUGAAAUGUAUUAAAAUUGUUGUUAUUAAUUACAAUUUUGCGUAGAAAAGAAGUUCCAGAUGGAAUGAAAAUUUAGGAAAACUUUG